AGUUACGUCAAAGGGUGGUAACCACCCACUUGCAUCUGUAUUUAAAGAAAAAUCUGAGACAGACUCGAUCAGUUUACAGUAUUUAGCGAUCAACGCAAUGAGUGCGCAGUACGUUCAACACGUAUUAUGCUGUGUUAUGGCUUUGUAUAUUAUCCUCACCGUAUAUGCAACCCUAAUUUCGGCAUACCCCGCAUCUAUCGACGAAGACAAAUUUGAUAAGGAGCAGUCUAUGACCCCUGGCGCACAUCAAUUGGCUAGCUGGUUAACGUACCUAAUGCGAAAAAAUGACUACCUACAGCAGCAAUCAGAGGAUUCGCCGAUGUUGCAUUACCGCUUAUCCGGGGGACAAGGAAAACGUAAUUCUGAACUUUCCAACUCAAUGAUGGGUUUACCCAAAAACAUGAUCGAUAAUGGGAAAAAGUAAUUAGUCAGUUGAAAUUGACGUUUGCUUAGGCCUGUUAUAUUACGUGAUUGUGUACAUUUAUUAUUAAUAAAUAGAAAAGAUAUUUUAAA